AUGAGAGAGAGAAGAGUAAAACAGACUGAUGACAAGAACCUCAUCUCCACGGUCAAUCAGAGCGGCACCUCUCUAAACUGUCCUAUAAAUAAUGAUCAGAGCGUCAACUCUCUAAACUGUCCUAUAAAUAAUGAUCAGAGCGUCAACUCUAUAAACUGUCCUAUAGAACAAGAUCAGAGCGUCAACUUUAUAAACUGUCCUAUAAAUAAUGAUCAGAGCGUCAACUCUAUAAACUGUCCUAUAGAACAAGAUCAGAGCGUCAACUCUAUAAACUGUCCUAUAAAUAAUGAUCAGAGCAUCAACUCUUUAAACUGUUCUACAAACAAUGAUCAGAGCGUCAACUCUAUAAACUGUCCUAUAGAACAAGAUCAGAGCGUCAACUCUAUAAACUGUUCUAUAAAUAAUGAUCAAAGCAUCAACUUUUUAAACUGUUCUACAAACAAUGAUCAGAGCGUCAACUCUAUAAACUGUCCUAUAGAACAAGAUCAGAGCGUCAACUCUUUAAACUGUUCUACAAAUAAUGAUCAGAGCGUCAACUCUAUAAACUGUCCUAUAGAACAAGAUCAGAGCGUCAACUCUAUAAACUGUCCUAUAAAUAAUGAUCAGAGCAUCAACUCUAUAAACUGUUCUACAAACAAUGAUCAGAGCGUCAACUUUAUAAACUGUCCUAUAGAACAAGAUCAGAGCGUCAACUCUAUAAACUGUCCUAUAAAUAAUGAUCAGAGCAUCAACUCUUUAAACUGUUCUACAAACAAUGAUCAGAGCAUCAACUCUUUAAACUGUUCUACAAACAAUGAUCAGAGCACCAUCUCUCUAAACUGUCCUAAUAAUACUGAAUCAAUCAGAUUAAAUCUAUCAAUCAAAUCAGAAUCAAAACAAUCAAUCAAAUCUGAAUCAACUAAAUCAAUCAAAUUAAACCAAACCGCUAAAUCAAUCAAACUAAAUAAAUCAAUGAAAUCAAAUGUAGAUCCUGAAUCAUUUACAUCAAAACUAGAUUAUGAAUCAGUUGAAAAAAAUCUGGAUUUUGAAUCAAUUAAAACACAGCUGGAUUUUGAGUCAGUUAAUAGAAAUCUGGAUUAUAAAUCAGUUGAAAAAAAUCUGGAUUAUGAAUCAAUUAAAACAAAUCCGGAUAAUGAAUCAGUUAAAAUGAAUCUGAAUUUUAAAUCUGUUGAAACAAAUUUAGAUUUUGAAUCAAUUGGAACAAAUCUGGAUUAUGAAGCAGUUAAUAGAACCCUGGAUAAUGAAGAGGUUAAAACAAAUCUGGGUUAUGAAUCAAGGAAAUCAAAACAGAGUUCUUAA